UUUAUGGACAGCCCCAUGAUGCCAAAAGUCCAAGUGGUCAUAAACUUUUGGAGGUAGGGAAUCGCGCCACUUGGGCGGUGGCUUCUAUUUUGGUCUGUUUUCCGCUAUAACUCAGUCAAAUUUGGACCAAUUGACAAAAUUUUUGGAAUGCAGUGGGAUAGGUAUAGUAUCUACCCUUGUACAACAUUUCAAGUCAAAUGGUUCAAAAUUGACUGAGUUAUAGUGGAAAACAGACGAAUAUAGAAGCCACCGCCCAAGUGGCGCGAUACCCUUUUUGAAAAAUAUAUAAAAAUAAAAAGAAUAUCAAAGCUAGAAAUAAUGCCUAAAGAUAUGGCAAUUUUCUAUCGGAGUUAGAAAUAUGUUUGGUAAAUGGAUAAUUUAACUAAAAAUAAGCAUUUAUUCACAAGUUUCACCUAUAAAGUUGAUCGGUUCGAAGUCAUGUGUAGCUGGUAGAGGAAUUUUGAGUUCCACAUUGUUUGUAGAUUUCAUGCAAAACGUGAAUUUUUGAAAAUGUAACAAGCUGCGAUAAGAAAAAAAGUAAAGAAGGAUCGGUUCAUUUAAACAUUCAUGAAACUCGGUUUUCAUGAUCCUUUGUAUCUCUUCGUAGCUAUAUUUGAGCUGUUUAACCAAAACAGAGUUCGUGAUCAGAAACAGAUUCAACAAAAAUUUUGAUUUUAACAUUUCAUGAGCAAGUUUCUGCUGAUCAGUGCUACCCCAUUUUACGGUAUGUUUGUUUUGUACUUGGGGCUGCUCCUCUGCAAUGCCAUAUGUAUGUUUGCAAAUUCGGGUUGAGAUAAAGUUCCAAAAAUUCCCAACACGAACAGUGGGUUCAGUUAAAAACACAAGGGCAUAUUGAGGGUUAAUUCUAGUAAAGUUUUAAAAUUAAAUUAUGUUUUAAAAUAUUUGUUUUGAAUUUUUAAAUUAUCUUUUACAACACAAAAAAAAAAUAAAAAAACAUAUGAUGCCUUUCAUCAUUUUGAAAACUAAACCAUGAGAGUCUGAGCUUUGAAAACUUUUUUGAGUGUACCUCUCGAAAGUUUGUUCUUGUUUAUGCGUCGUUUAUUUUGCUCCGAAAAUGUGACUGACUAUGUGCUGUGUUCGUCAAUUGUUCAAACAACGCUACAUUCACUUUCCGUUGGAUUGAAACGAUUUCAAUUUUGAACUUUGAAUUGAUCCCAUUGUGCGGUCAGAGCUGUUAUCGCAAUUCUCGCCGAUGAUUUUUUUUCUCGCCACAUAUGAAUAAACCACAUAGAAUCAAAUCUAGGGUGGACCGCGCUUGGGUGAAAAACUAAAAUCUGAAAAGAUUUUGAACUCUCAGUUUUUUAUUUUAGUAAAAUUGUAAUCUUUUUACAGAAGAAAGUAGAAAAACUCGAUGUAAUUCAAGUCAGAGCGAUUAAAGAGUUUCAAGCUUAUUUUUCUCAAUUUGAUGUGCUUAAAGAGUAUAUUUUUGUUUUUUCUAUGAACGCCACUUUGACCAUAAUCGUAUCCACACCACAACUAAUAAUGGCUGUAUUUAUAGGCGUUGUACAGACGAACAGACGAACCACCUUGAAAGGUGUCCUUGAAAUAUUUCCAUCUUUUCUGAUGCACAUGUUGCACAAAACGCGCUUUCACGAUACAGAAGGCACUAGUGAUAAAUUUCAAAACGAAAGAAAGGCAUGAACUCCAAACCACAGACAAACAGACGUCUCAAUCUGCUUACUUCCCAUCGUUUCCUUUUUUAACGGAUAAUUCAAGUAUUUUGAAUUUCGCAAAUCUCUCUCAUGGCACUUGCAUCGUUGUCACUCCUGUUUGACGUUUGUACACUAUCGUCAUCUACUCAGUGAUUUUGCGAAAAACAACGUGGUUAGCAUUGGGCGAUUAUGUUUUCGUGACGAUGAUUUUAAUUGCAUUUUGUUCCAAUUGAGGCAUCUGUUGUUCUGUGUCCAAACAAUCAUCGAAUGCGUGGUCGAUGGAAGUCUCACCAGUGUAUAAUAUAAUGUUAAACGAUAUUUAGAGCGAAUAUGAAGUUACCAGAGGUACCAGAAACCACAGGUUAGUCUUCAAUCGAUGCUUAUAAUUAUUAUUGAAUUUUAAAACUAACUUCAGCUUUCCAAGAUUUUUUUUUUCAUGCAUAAGAUUUGCUGCGAUUCGGCAUGAUAACCAAGCAAGGUAAUCAAAUGAUCAUGAAUUCAACUGACCUCACAAUUUGCAGUUGUGCUCCGUGAUUGACCAGAACAAUCGAAAAUGUACAAGAAAUCAACAAACGGAGCGUGGGACUUGACUACCGUUUACAAUGGACUCCUUCGAGAGUUCUCAGCUUAAUCAAGCGUUGUAAGUCACGUUCUGACAAACUGUUAACAAAGUGUUCACUCCGGCAUAUGUAGCUAUGUACAUUACCAUACUUAAAAAAUUGUUGUUCAAAUAAUCAAGAACGUACGUUGAAUGUAAAAACAAUAGCAUGGAACGAGCUCACCUAUAGAUAUGCAUCCAUCCAAUGCUCCAUCGCUGUUCGAAUGCAAUACUAAGACAUGUUGUCCAGCUGCAUGACUACCACAACCCGAAGAAUGCAGCGAACAAAUCGAAAAUAGAAAAAGAACCAACGAAUUCACGCCCAUGCGACUCUGUGUUGGCAUGCUUUUUAUCUGCUAAGUGGUAGCACACUCGGAAGUCAGCACUGUUUACAAAUAAAAAAAAAAAUCACAUAAUAUUCACUCCUAACAAAAAGCGGAAUCAAUCAGAGAACCAUUUUGCUGAAAUAUCGCACCACCCUAAUGCUACUCUGAAGUUCUGAAUCACCGCAAACGUAUAAAAAGCGGUCGGGACAACUUCUCAAACAUCAAAUAUCAGUUCUACCAGUGAAAGUGAAGUCGGUUGAAAAUUCGUUCAGGAUGCAAGUAAUUUUGGCUAUACUAAUUGUGAUGAUUUCACUCAACGGCAUAAAACCGUUCUCUGUGCAAAAAGAUUCAAACUGGGAUAAUUCAAUUAAAAUAUAUGACUUAAACUGGCCUGCUGAUGCAGCCUCGAUUAAAAAAAUCCCAAAACAUAAUACAAUUUAUUUUUUUUUCGAUGCAAUAGUGGACAUACUGCCAUAUAAUUUCACUGAGCCAUUUGAGAAGUGCGAGAUAAUUCGAUUCAGUGGUGGAUCUGUUAAAUCAAUCCACAUUAAUCCUAAGUUAGAUGACAUUUUUUUAUACAACACAUCUACUGAAAAUGUGAUUAUUAAACCUGAUAUGUUCUACAAACUGCGCGCUUUCCGGUGUGAGGAUACAAAAUUGACACAAAUCCCAGAGAACAUUAAUCGGUUAAAACAUUUGAAAAUUUUAAAUCUUAAAUUCAACUUGAUAGAAAUAGUUCAAAUGGACCAAUUAAAUGGGUUGGACAAUUUGGAAGAACUACAGCUUUCUUUUAAUAAAAUAAAACACAUUUACAGUGACGGUCCGGUGAGUCUGCCAUCGCUCAAAUCAAUGUAUCUGGACCGAAAUCGACUUCAACAUUUUGACGUCUGUAAUUGGAACAUGCCUUCGCUUUCCCACCUUAAUCUCCAAGUUAACAAUUUGACACAUUUCGCAAUUUAUCAAUUUCCUACGCUACAAGCAUUAAGAAUUUAUGAAAACCCAGUGAACUGCGCUUGGACAGAUAGUUUAAAGAAUACGUCAAUACGGCUCUAUUCCCGAACAUCUUGUGACGAGAAAAGUGUGGGUGCCUUUGAAUUGGAUUGUCCACCAACUAAUCAUCAAUUGAAGCAGCAGAUUUCUAGUGUUUCCGACAGAAUGCAAAAAUUGAAGACCUGCUGCAAAAUCUAACCGCAAAAAUUAUUGAACAGCAAAAUGUCUCUAAUGACAUCAUUGAGGCGAUGUAUCGAAUUGAAAUAGAAAGAGCUUCCAAUCACAGGAAGAAAAUUCCAUAACUUUCUAAAUAAUAAUGUAUAUAUUUAUUGAAUAACAUAGACCUAAGUAUAAAAAAAAUCUUUGUAUCGAGCUUAAGUUCAUUAUUAAAUAAACGUCAUUCAGAAAAAAAUAGCUUUUCACAGUUCUUUUAGUUUGCCUUGUGAAAAAUAUCACUUCAUUUCCCGUUCUUUUCUUGUGCUACAUAUGAUGGAAAAUCCGCUGAUGAAACAGUCUGCAAUGUACUCUUAAUCGACACUUUCUGUGGUGUUUUUAUCUCUUUCAAAACUCUAGUGGAGACUGUAAUCCUCUUGUGAACAUCGUUUCCCACGCCGAUUGACAAAUUUCGUUUCAAAUCGUAUUCGGAGUUGGCAGCACCCUCUCAAAUUUCAAUUUUGGGUGGAGCUCUGUCUGGAUGCAAAUCCAUGGAGCAUUAUCUGAUAGAAUGCCUCGAAAAAUUUCAUGAGAAACGUUUGGAGGAGCUCUAGAAGUAAUUUCAACUAAAACUUCCUUUAGAAAUUUUUGAAGAAAUUGUGGACAAAAAAUGGUGAGAAUUUUAAGAGAAAUCCAUCUGGGGGAUCCCUGAAGGAUUUUUUGAAGAAAUUCUUGGAAGAACUCAUAAACUACGGAAGAAUUUCAUGAAAAAUGCCAAAGUAUAGAUUCUGGGAAAAUUUCUGCUGGAAUUCCUGCGAGAUUCUUUGGAGAAGUUCUGAAAAAAUCUUAUUUUAGAACAUUUUAUGAAAAAUUUAAAAAUAAAUACUUGAAGAACGGCCUGAAUGAACCCUUAGCAAUUUUUGCAGGAACCUCUGGAGAAACCUUCGCAGGAACUUCUAGAAGGAACUGUUAAGAAUUUUCUGAUGGUAUUUGUGGAUAAACACCUAAAAGAGAAUUCCUAAAUAUAUCGCAUUAUUCCUAAAGGAACGUCCAACAAUAAUUUCUGAAAGAGUUCAUGACAAAAGGGGAUUACUUAAGGAAAUCCCUGAAGAAGUAUCUGCUAAAAUCUCUUAAAAAAUUUCAAAAUCUCAGUAAAAAAAAACCCUGCUGAAUCGCAUUUGACAAAACCUUCGGAAGAAUUCCAGGAGAAAUUCCUUGACUUUCUUGAACAAUUUCUUGAAGAAUUUCUGAAGAAAUCUUAUUUCUGUCAGGAUACUGUUUGUGGAGAAAUUUAUUCACAAAUACUAAAGAAAUACAUGCACGAGCUUCUGUAGCAAACCUUAAGGAAAUAUCCCAAAUAAUGAAAUUUGUGAGGGUGUUCCUGAAAAAAAGCGGCUUAAAAAUAUUUCUUAUGAGAAAAUUCUCGAAGAAACCCAAGACUUCUUCAGAAAUAAUUCCAUGGAUUCUUUCGAAAACUUCCGCGGAGAAUUUUUCCAAGGUUUCUUUCAGAAAUUCCUCCCGCGAUUGCUUCAGAAUUUCUUCGAGCGGUUGUAGGAAAAUAUCCCCAGAACUUCCACAGGACAUUCCCUCAAGAAUAUCUAUUAAAUUCUCCAGGAAGUCUUUUAGGUGGGUUUCGACAGAUUCAAUCCGGCACACCUCCAGGAAUUGCUUAAGAAAUUCAUGUAGGAAUUCGAUUAUUAAAUUUUUCGAAAAUGCCUCCAUGGUUGCCUCUAGAAUUUUUCGCUGGGAUUCUUUCAGAAAUUCUUUCAAAUAUUCGUUAAGGAAGUUUUCCUGUGGCUUCUUAAUUUUCAAGGGAUUCUUUAAAAAAUUGGUACAAUUGUUUCAUCAAGAAGACCAUCAGAUUUGUUGGGGAAUUUCAUCGAAAAUUCCUUUGAGAAGUCUCGCAGGAAUGUGUCCAGAAGUUUUUCCAGGAAUUCAUUCGGAGAAUCCUGCAGGACUACUUCCAGAGAAUCUUACAUUAUUUAAUGCAGUCAUUCCAGCAUGAAUUCCCUCAGAGAUUCCCUGCAGGAGUUCCAUCAGGAUUUCUUUAGAAAUACAUUUCUUUAGAAAUUUGUCUAAGAAUUUCUGCACGGUUCCUUCAAUUAGUUUCUUCAGAAAUAUUUCCUAGGAUUUUUUACAAGAAUACAUAUCUUUAGAACUUUCCCAAUUUCUUCUAGGAAUCUUUACAAAAGCUUAUCUAUCUAGUUCUCCAGGCAUUCCUACAGGGACUUUUUUAGCAAAACCUCAACAGAUUACUCCAGGAAUACCUGCUAGAAACCUCCAAGAAUUUUCUUUAAAGGUUUCUCUAAGAAUUUCCCCAAAAUAUCGUAAAUUUACUUUUCUGGAACUCCAUCAAGGAAGUUUAUCCAAGUAUUCCUCCAGAAAGUCUUCAAAAAUUCCUCCUGAGAUUCCUUCGAGAACUUACCUGAGAUUUCUUUAGCUGUUCCUCUAGAAGUUCAUGCAAGAGUACCUCCCAAUAUUUGUAAUUUUUUUUCUGGAUUUUUUUUUUCUCAGUGAAUCCUUUAAAAUGUUACCAGAGUCCUUCAGUAUUUUAGGCUUUUUUAAAAUUAAUUCCAGCAAGUGAAUUUUCCAAAAGUUUUUCCGUGGAGUUUUUUUUAAAACACCUGAAAAUUUUGGAGGAACUCUAGAAGUAAUUCCAAAUAAAACUUUCUUUAGAAAUUUUUGGAGGAAUUGAUGACAAAAAAAUGGUAGGAAUUUUAGAGAAAUCCGUCGAUAAAUUUUUGGGGGAUCCGUGGAGGAUUUUUUGAAGGAUUCCUUGGAAGAACUCAGAAAUUACAGAAGAAUUUCAUGAAAAAUGCCAAAGAAUAGAUUAUGGAGAAUUUUCUGCUGAAAUUUCUACGAGACUCUUCGAAGAAAAUCUGAAAGAAUCUUGAUGUAGUACAUUUUUGGAAAAAAUAAAAAUAAAUGCUUGAAGAAUGGUCAGAAUGAAUCCUUAGCAAUCUUUGCAGGAACUUCUGGAGAAACCUUCGCAGGAACUUCUGGAAGGCACUGUUGAGAAUUUUCUGGUGCUAUUUGUGGAUAAAUAUCUAAGAGAAUUUCUAAAUAUGUCGAAUAAUUCCUAAAGGAACGUCCAACAAUAACUUCUAAAAGAGUACAUGAAAAAACGGGAUUUCUGAAGGAAAUCCCUAAAGGAGUAUCUGCAAAAAUCUCUUAAGAAAUUUCAGAAUCUCAGACAAAAAACCCUGCUGAAUCGCAUUUGACAAAUCUAUUGGAAGAAUUCCAGAAGGAAUUCCUUGACUUUCUUGAACAAUUUCUUGAAGAACUUCUGAAGAAAUCCUGAAGAAAAAAAAUUCCGUCAGGAAGGAUACUGUUUAUGGAGAAAUUUAUUCACAAAUGCUUAAGAAAUACAUGCACGAGAAAUACAGCUUCUGUAGCAAUCCUUAAAGAAAUAUCUCAAAUAAUGAAAUUUGUGAGGUAGUUCCUGAAAAAAAUAAUUUUUAUGAGAAACUUCUCGAAGAAAACCCAAGACUUCUUCAGAAAUAAUUCCAUGGAAUCUUUCAAAAACUUCCGCGGAGAAUUUUUCCAAGGUUUCUUUCAGAAAUGCCUCCCGCGAUUGCUUCAGAAUUUCUUCGAGCGGUUGUUGGAAAAUAUCCCCAGAACUUCCAUAGGACAUUCCUUCAGAAUAUCUUUUUAAAUUUCUCCAAGAAUUCUUUUAGGUAGAUUUCCACAGAUUACUUCCGGCAUUUUUCCAGGAAUUGCUUAAGAAAUUCAUGUAGGGAUUCGAUGAUAAAAUGUUUCGAAAAUGUCCCCAUGGCUUCCUCUAGAAUUAUCCGCUGGUAUUUUUCCAGAAAUUCUUUCAAAUAUUCGUUAAGGAAGUCUUCCUGUGGUUUCUUCAUUUUCAAGGGGCUGAAAGUCUCUUUAACAAAGACAAAUCAAUCAAUCAAUCAAAUUUUCAAGGGAUUUUUUAAAAAAAAUUUACAAUUGUUUCAUCAAGAAGACCACCAAAUUUGUUGGGGAAUUUCAUCGGAAAUUCCAUUAAAAAGUCUCGCAGGAAUGUGUCCAGAAAUCCAGGGAUUCAUUCGGAGAAUCCUGCAGGACUACUUCCAGAGAAUCUUGCAUUAUUUCAUACAGUCAUUCCAGCAGGAAUUCCCGCAGAGAUUCCUGCUGGAGUUCCAUCAGGAUUUUAUUUAGAAAUGCAUUUCUUUAGAAAAUUUGACUAAGAAUUCCUUCACAGAUACGUGCGGGAGUUCAAACUGAGAUUCCACCAGGAUUUCCUUCAGGAAUGCACUCCUUUAGAAAUUUGUCUGGGAAUUUCUGCAGGGUUUCUUAAUUAGUUUAUUCAGAAAUAUUUUCUAGGAUUUUUCACAAGAAUAUCUUUAAAACUUUCCUUAUUUCUUCUAGGAAUCUUUACAGAAGCUUAUCUAGCUGGUUCUCCAGGGAUUUUUUUUUUCAGAUAAACCUUCACAGAUUACUCCAGGAAUACCUGCUGGAACCUCCAAGAAUUUUCUUUAAAGAUUGCUCCAGGAAUUUUCUCAAAAUAUCGUAUACUAACUUUUCUGGGAACUCCAUCAAGGUUGUUUCUCCAAUUAUUCCUCCGAAAAGUUUCUAGAAAUUUCUUCUGAGAUUCCUUCGAAAACUUACCGGAUAUUUCUUCAGAUGUUCCUCUAGAAGUUCAUGCAAGAGUACCUUCCAUAAUUGGUAAAGGUUUUUUUUUUCUCAGGAAAUCCUUUAAAAAUGUUACCAGAGUUCAGUUUUUUUUUGUAUUUUAACUUAGAUGCUAAUUCGACACUCCCAGAGUUCAGUGUUUUAGACCUUUUUUAAUGAAUUUAAUGAACACCUGAAAAUUUUGUUUUAGAAACUCCUACCAAACUGCAUUUAGAAAUUCUUCCAAAUGUUUUUCUGCAAAUUCCUUGAAAUGAGGAAAUUCUUCAAAUGAUUAAGCAGAAAUUUUCACGAGUUUUUUUUUUGUAAACAAAUUGCUCCUGUGGUUUGGUCAGAUUUUUUUUCGUUCGAUUCAUUCAGAGAUUCCUCCUGAAACUGUUUCAGACAUUCAUUCAGGAUUUAUUUGCGAUUUUCUUCCAGUAAUUGCACAACAAGUAAUGGAAGAAUUCUGGAAAGAUAAGCAUAAUGAACUUCAUCAGAAUACUCUAGAUGGUAGUCCAAAGAAAUCCCUUAUAAAACUCCUAGUUAUACCUCUGGAGAUUUCCAGAAUAAAUUCUUUUUAAUUUUUUGGAUGGAUUCCUGGAUAGAAAUCGAUGAAGCAAUUUCUGGAAAAAUUGUCAGAUUAAUUGCAUGAGAAACUUUUGGAGGAACUCUAUAAGUAAUUCCAACUUAAACUUUCUUUCGAAUUUAUUGAAGAAAUUGUAGACAAAAAAAAAUGGUAGGAAUUUUUGGAGAAAUCCGUCAAAAAGUUUCUGGGGGAUCCCUGGAGGAUAUUUUGAAGGAAUCCUUGGAAGAACUCAGAAAUUACCGAAGAAUUUCUUGAAAAAUGCCAUAGAAUAGAUUAUGGAGAAAUUUCUGCUGAAAUUUCUGCGAGAUUCUUCGGAGAAAUUCUGAAGGAAUCUGAAACUGGAACAUUUUUAAGAAAAUUUGAAAAAUAAAUACUUGGAGAAUAGUCUGAAUAAAACCUAAGCAAUCUUUGCUGGAACCUCUGGAGAAACCCUCGGAGGAAGCUCUUAAAGAAUCUCUUGAGAAAUUCCGGUGGAAUUUUUGAAGAAUAUAUUUGGGAAUAAUUCCUAAAGGAAAGUCAAACGAUAACUUCUGAAAGCGUUCCUGAAAAAAAAACUGGAUUUCUAGAGGUAAUCCCCAAAGAAUUUUCUGCAAGAAUCUCUUAAGGAAUCUCCGAAUAUCAGUUUAAAAAAGUCUGAUGUAUUGCAAACUAUAGGAUGAAUUCCAGGGGAAAUUCCUGAAAUUUCUUGAAACACUUCUUGAAGAAUUCUUGGAAAAAUCCUAAGUAAAAAAUCCUGGUGGAAAUUCCGUUUAUGUUUCUGGAGAAAUUUGUUCACAUAUACGCAUAUGCACGAAUGUCCGUAGCAAUCCUUAAAGGUGUUUCCCAAAGUAUCCAUGAAGAUGAAAUUUCUGAAGGAAUUACCGAAAAAAAAAACAUGGACUCGUUUCAAAAUAAUUUUUGUGCGAAAUUUCUCGAAGAACCCUUAAAGAAGAUCCAAGGAAAAUUUUUGGAGGAAUUCCUGAAAACGUCUCAAAUACACGGGCAGGAAUUUGUUCCAAAUUGAUCUUUUGGAUCUUGUGGUGUGUGGUGGUGUAUACACGGGCAGGAAUUUGUUCCAAAGAGAUUGCUGGAGCAAGCUUUGAUGGAUUAUCUUGCUGACACCAUUCAAGGAAUACCCACAAAACUAUUUAAUCCACAAAGUUCCAGGAAAAAAAAAUAACUUUUGGAUUUGAUUUGACCAGGGGUAUUUCUGGCUGCGUCUCUGGAAGUAAUCGUGGAGAAGGUUCUGAAGCAGACAAUACCUUUUGAAGAAUUCAUGGAGAAAACUUUGGAAGAACUACUGCGAGUCUCAUUAAAGGAAUUUCUGCCAUGAAGUGCUUUCUACAUUAUUAACAGAAUAAAAUCCUGGAAAAAAAAAAUCAUGGAGGUAGUCCCGCGGCAUAGUUCAUUGUACAAUUUCCUCAAUAUAUGAUUGUUCUAGUAAUGUCCUUCCAACCGGCACCGGUUCGAGAUUAUCCAGAUGAUUGGCCCAUAGUUUUGCUGGCUUUCUUAAUCUACUUUUACAAGGAAUUCCUAAAUUGAUCCUUUUUAAAAUCCAUUCGGAACUGGUUUGCUUCAGAGGUCAGAAUGGCCCAGCUAAGCAGUUUUGGCCGGACUACAAUUUAGGCAUUAAAUGUAUUUCGUUUAAGGCCAAAAGAGUUGAAAUGUGUAAAGAAAUGCUUCAAAUUUAUGGGUCUUUUGUACCCUUAAUGCAACGUAUAACUUUUUUCAUAAUGCAUUGGGAAGGUUGAAUAUGGAUGUACUGAAAGGCUAUAUGUUCACUCAAAACACGAAUUUUCGAUAGAAGGCUCGGAGCGUCAAGUCACAUAUAACAAUCAACUCUGUUCGACAAAAUAGAGAUGAUGUCUGUAUGUGUGUAUGUUUUUUUUCCUCCCAACCUCCCCAGCAGAGAAAACCGAUUGGAAAAACUCUGCUACACCUAGAUGCCUCGAUCCCCCUGCUACCACUGAUGCGACUGCUUCAGGGGGGGGCAAUGCGCUCAUGCGCUUUUCUGUUAUAGUGCUCAUGCACUUUUUGUCGCUUCUAAACUGUGCUCCUCGUCUGCGCACUUACUCUUCAAGCGAUCCCAGCUUGCUGAUCGCUCCUCGAUGUAUGUGUGUAUGUAUGCAUGUAUAUGUGUGUGUAUGUAUGUCUGUGUACAAAAAGGUCACUCACUUUUAAGGCACUUUCCUUUUAUUAUUCGGAUUAUAGCUCGAAUCGAACCAGAACUUUACCCCAUUGUUUGUGGUCCGGAUUGGUCAAGGCGUUCCGGAGUUAUGGCCAUUUGAGUGAUCCGAACCAAUACCGGUAGAACUGGCCGUAUAGAAAACUGAACCAAACCCCAUCAUGCGACAUAUCAAACUGCGGUGAUUUUUGUAACCUUAAGCAUGGUUGAACGAUUCCACGAUCGCAGCCCAAAAUUCAAAAUGGCAGCCUAAUAUUCAAGAUGGCGGCUCCAAAUUUAGGAUGCUGGCUGUUUAAUGGUGUUUUAGGCUCCAAAACCAUGCAAUAUGGAUUAUAUUUGAUAAGAGGAAGUUGUCUGGAGUCCAAAAAUGGCGGCCAGAACAUCAAAGAUGGCGGUCCUAAAUUCAAGAUGGCAUCAGCAUUAGCAUUAGCAUUAAGCGAGUCGCACAAAUUCGUAGGUGCUACAGUCCUAGACCGCUGUUAUGAGGGUUGCCUCCUUCCCAUCCCUAGCAAAGCACAAAGAUUUGGGACUAAUCUCUGACUCUUAGACAAGAUUGAUGCAAUCCUCCAAUGGUCGAGAACUGUCCUGGCCACGUCCUUGCAACUGCUGAGGAAAGGGAAAGGAUGGUUAGUUGGACACCUAAGAAAGAUGUAGACAACUCUACGAUCUCUUCUUAGGCCUAGGUGUCACGGGAAUUUGGGUGUUGUUAGUUUAAGGGUAGAGUCAAAAGGGUACGAUUGGUAAACAUUUAGGCACACCAUUGUUAAACUGCUUCAAAUCAGCUAUCUGCCCAAUUCAUCCUGGUUUCCUCGUCAAAUUGAUGGCAUUUGGUUAAAUUACUAGAUGCUUCGGUUGAAAAUCUGAAAUAUAAAGUAAUAUUAACAUCGUACGUCGAGUAAGCUACAUAUUAGUGAUCCGCUCGACACAGUUACAUAUUUUUACAAUAUUGUGUAUUGUAUGAUAAAUUUACCUGAAUCCUUCUGAAAUAAAAUGGUCCUUAGCAGCUACAUUGAAACACAUAUACUACACAAACACAAACAAGUACAUCAAGCUUUGCUCCUGGAAUAUUUAGAAAUAAUAUAAAUAUCAAGAUCAAAAUUUGAUUUGGUAGGCGGUAGGGGAACGUUACAUGAAGGCGGUCUAAAAUUCAAGAUGGCGGCUCAAAAUUCAAGAUGGCAUCUGUUUAAUGGAGUUUUAGUCCUUAAAACCAUGCAAUUUGGGUAUUUUUGGUAUGUGGUUGAUGUCCGGAAUCCAAAAAUGGCGAACAGAAUAUUCAAGAUGGCAGUUUGAAAUCCAAAAUGGCUGCACCAAAUUCAAGAUGGCUGCUGUUUAAUGGUGUUUAAGGCUCCAAAACCAUGUCAUAUGCGCAUAUUUGGUAUAGGGAAGAGGUCCGGAGUCCAAAAAUAACGACCAGGAUAUCCAAGAUGGCGGUCUAAAUCCCAAAAUUGCUGUUCCAAAUUCAAGUUGGCGGCUGUUUAAUGGAGUCUUAGGCCAUAAAACAAUGCAAUGAGGGUAUAUUUGGUAUGACGAAUAUUGAUAUCCGUAGUCCAGAAAUAACGGCCAGAAUAUGCAAGACGGCGGUAACUAUCCAAUAUGAUGGCUCAAAAUUCAAGAUGGAGGCUGUGUAAUUCAAUAAUUCAAGAUGGCGGCACAAACAUCAAGAUGGCGGUUGUUUAAUUACGUUUAAGGACCUAAAAUCAUGUAAUAUGGGAGUAUAUUUGGUAUGGAGGAGAUGUCCGGAGUCCAAAAAUGGUGACCAAAAUAUCCAAGAUUGCGGUAUAGAAAUCAAGAUGGCGGCCCAAAUUUCAAGAUGGCGGUUGUUUAAUGGAGUCUUAGGUUAUAAAACAAUGCAAUAUGGAUAUAUUUGGCAUGACGAAGAUGUCCAGAGUGCAGAAAUAACGACUAGAAUAUCCAAAAUGGUGGUCUAAAUCCAAGAUAAUGGCUCCUAGUUCAAGAUGGCGGCUGUUUAAUGGUGUUUUAGGCUUCAAAUCCAUGCAAUGCGGGUAGGGGAAAGAGGGGCAUAACGCCCAGGCUAAACACAUGUGGUCAUAGACCUCAAAUGAUACAUAUUUUAAGGUCGAAUACUGCCUUGGAGGGCAGUUAACUCCCUUACCUAAGACACUUCAAGUUUUGGCCCGCGUGCCCACAAAAUUUCCCAUUCUUCCGGUUUUUUUUUCAAGGUCUUCAUUUUAAAAACUACCUCGAGCUUUCUCCAAAAGUUCUAAUCUAUUUUUUAAAGAAAAUGAUUCACUAUUACAUUAAGAAUCUGAAAUUAAAAAAAAAUUAAUUAAAAACUAUUUCAAAAUUUUCUCGAAAGCUAUCUAAAGAUGUUUCUGUAGAAAUACUACAAGAGACUAUCAAGGAAUUUCACAAGAUUUCUACACAUUCCCAUAGUUAAUCAUUCGCGACAUUUCUUUUCCAGAAAUUGCUGAGCGAUUCCAAGCAACAGCAUCAAAAUUAUGGACAUUUUUUAAUUCAUGAUUUUCUAUUAAACUGAAACUUUGCACAGUUUUUCAGUUCCAUCUAAAUCGCCAUUUUUCGAUAUCAAAUUUUUAUUUUGAAUCACGACUAACUUUUCAAAAGGGUGUAUGUGAAAAUGGUUCAAAAAUAUUCAAAAAUCUGCGCAGCCAAAAUGAUUCGUUCGAUUGCUAUGAAUUUUUCAGCGAAGUUAGAUAACUAAAUGGUGAUUCCUAAGAAAAUAUACACUGUGAAAAAACAUCGUUUUUAACAUUAAAAAAUAUCAUUUUUGUCACAAAAACUCAAAUAUCUCAAAACCCUAUCUUUUUACCAACGUAAUUUUUUUAGGAAAGACGGUCCAUUGUAUAAGCAAUCUACCAUAAAAAAUUGGUGAUGGUAAACUAAUAAACAAAAAAGUUAUAACAUAUCAAACAUUUCACAAUUUUCACAUUUGGUAAAUAUUUUUUUCUGUGUAAAUUAUUUGGUCAGAAAUCGCAGUUUGAUGCUGAUUUUAUUGUUCAGCAAAGUUAGAUAACUAAAUGAUGAUUUCUAAGUAAAUAUACACUGUGAAAAAAAAUCUUUUUUUAACAUUAAAAAAUAUCAUUUUUGUCACAAAAACUCAAAUAUCUCAAAACUUUAUCUUUUUACCAACGUAAUUUUUUAGGGAAAACGGUCCAUUGUAUUAGCAAUCUACUAUAAAAAUUUGGUGAUGAUAAACUAAUAAACAAAAAAGUUAUGACAAUUCAAACAUUUCACAAUUUUCACAUUUAGUAAUAAUUUUUUUUUCUGUGUAAAUUAUUUCGGCCGGAAAUCGCAGUUUGAUGCUGAUUUUAUUGUUAAUGGCCUUGCGUGAGUAAAACAAGCUGUUUUUAUUAUGUAUUAUGUAUAUUAUAUGUACAGUAAUGUUCCGAUUUUAUCACGCCCUCCGCGCAUUAGCCGUUUAUUCAUUAAUUUGCUGUUACAUUUGAGGACAAGUGUUUUCCCUCUUCUUCAAGAUGAAUGUUGAAAGCGUGUUUUGCAACCUUUAAAAAUAUUGAAAUGGGUAUAGAUGUUGAAGUAUAUUUCAAAGCAUUUUUGAAAAGGGGCAUGAUUAAAUUGUUUAAACAGAUGUCGCUGAUGGUAUGGUGGCAUUGAAGGAAAUGAAAUGGCAGACGAGCUUGCUAAAAGUGGUUCCAAUUUACAGUUUGCUGGCCCAGAACCAUUCUGUGGUAUAUCAAACUGUACAAUUAAAAUGGACCUGACACGCUGGGCUGAGCAGAGGGUGAUAUCCAAUUGGAUGGAUGUCAAAAAUUGCAAUCAGUCAAAACGAUUUAUAACACCAAAUGCUUAUAAAACCAAAAAGCUCUUAGAGCUCAACAAGAGAGCUCUAUGUACAUACACUGGCCCGAGCAGGUAUCACUUGAAAAAUAUUGGCCAUAUUCAGAGUGAUAUCUGUCGUUUCUGUAAUACGGAACGUGAAACCUCGGAACAUCUGCUUUGCAGUUGUGGUGCUUUAUACACGCGCAGGCAAAGAUUUCUAAAUAGUGGUUGCUUGCAACCCAGUGAGAUCUGGUCUGCAAAACCUGGAAAGGUCUUGAAGUUUAUCAAUUCCAUUGCACCUGACUGGGAGACGACGCGUCGUGGCAGUAGCUGAUUACUUGACACAUGGUAAUUAGCUGGCUAGAUGCGAUUAUCAAAACGGGACAUGCCACAAAAGUUCAGCCUAUUGGACGCGGUGGCUUAAUUUCCUUAACAGGGGAGGAAAAAAAAUGGUGGCAUGACUCUCUGCACUUAGCACUUCUGGCAGUUUCUCAGUUGUUGUCGUUUUCGAACUUCCUGCGCCCUGCUUUACCGAUGAUGGCUCGUUUGUCAAAGUCUAGACGGCAGGACGUGCAAAUGCGUAAAUUUGUAUUCAAUUUGGGCAUAACCAGUCUCUUUCAGUUUAUCUAUGGUGCUUUCGGUGAGAUUUCGUAACUCUUUUGAACAUUUUUUUUUUCAUCAAACGGUCUCAAAUCAAAUAUCCAUAGCGGUAGUAUUUUUUUGCAUUUUCGUGAGCAUUGUCAUGGUAUGUAUACAGACAAACAAACGUAACACUGACGAAAUUUUCAUUGACCACGCCUUUAACGAUCAUUUUGAAUCUUGGUUGUGGCUUUCAUAACCAGAAGAGUGCCCAUCGUUUUUCUUUGCGUUUGACGUUUCACACUAGCGCCUUCUGAUGAAGAUAUUGCACAACGCAGUGUUUCGUGAAACAUUUCCACCAGGUGGUGGUAGUGUAAAAUGGGCGAUGGAUUUUCACGAAAAUUGUUCUAGGCAUUUCGUCUGUUUGUCUGUUGUAUGUACCUCUCAUGCAUUUGUUGUUGUUGAAGUUACUCGCAUUCUUCCGAUCAUAAAGUCUGUUCUCUAAGAGGUAUUUUUUUUUGCAGAUCAACUAGACGUAUACGCGUAUAUAUAAAACUUUUAUUAUGCAGCUUUCGUCUUAAAAAUAAGUUUAAUUCCAUUUUUCUUAUGAUCAACAGCUUUUCAACACUAUCAAGGGAUUUUUCCACCAGUCACGCACAAUAAAAAGUAUGACACUCUCAAUAUUUUUGAUCACAACACUGGAUCGCGUCUAAGUUUCAAAUAGAUACUAUAGUAAUUAUGAAUAAUCAAACAAAAAUAUCAUGAAAACAACUUGUUUAAUUCAGACGGUAGCCUUUACAAUAAAAUCAGCAUCAAAAUAUAAUUCUCGAAAUAAUUUAAACAGAAAAAAAAUUUUUUUUGUUACUAAAUGUAAAAAUUGUAAAAUGUUUGAAAUGUCAUAACUUUUUUGUUUAUCAGUUUACCAUCACCAAAAUUUUAUGGUAGAUAGCUGAUAUAAAGGGCCAUUUUCCCUAAAAAAUUGACGUUGGUAAAAAGAUAGGGUUUUGAGAUAUUUGAGUUUUUGUGACAAAGAUCAUAUUUUUUUAAGGUAAAAAAAGAUAUUUUUUGCAGUGUAUAUUUUCUAAGGAAUCAUCAUUUAGUUAUCUAACUUUGCUGAAAAAUUCAUAACAAUCGAACAAUCCGUUUUUGCUGUACAGCUUUUAGAAUAUUUUUGAACUAUUUUCGCAUGCACCCUUUUGAAAAGUUAGUCGUGAGUGAAUAUGAAGGUUUGAUAUCGAAAAAUGGCGAUUUAGAUGAAAUUGAAAAACUGUGCAAAGUUUCAGAUAUUUUUGAAAUGGUCGCUCAGGAUCGACUGACAUGACUCCAUGGAAUUCCUCUGCUGCAGGAUUUUUCUAAGAGAGUCUUAGAAGAUCUUCCAAAGAUUCCUUCAGAAAUGUUUCUACAGAUUCUUUCAGAGAUUCUUAUAAGGAUUCUUACGAAAAGGCCGGAAGAUAUUCUUGCAAAGAGCCCGGCAGAAAUUCACACAGAAAUUUCAUCAUAAAUUUCGCCUGGUAUUCCUCUAAGUAUUUUCUUAGAAGCUCCUCCAGGAUUCCCUCCAAGCGUACCUCUAGCAAUUUCUCAAUGGAUUCCUCCAUGAAUUCGUUAAAAAAAUGUUUAGGAUUUGUAUUAGAUGAUUUCUCUAAGAUUUUGUUUCCAAAAUACCUCAGGGAUUACUUCAAAAGUUGAUCCAGCGGAGCAGUUCCUUCGGGAAUUGCUAAAGCGGUUCUUUCAAAGAUUCCUCCAGCAGUUUAUCCAUGAGAGGAAUGCACCAGUGAAGGGGCACUGAAAUCACGUCACGAAACCUCGACUCACUGCCAAAGCAAUGACCUUUUCAUGUAAUUUGCUAUAAAAUAUGGAAUUUAAUCAGCCAAGAUAGUUAAAGGCAUCAACCAAAAAUAUCUACAGCUUUUGUAUUACAAUUCUCGAUGAGGAAGUCAACAAAAACUAUUUAUUGAUACAGGCUGAAAACCCCUGCAUUAAAAGUCAUCAUAAAACACACUGCAAGUUAUAAACUGAUUAAAUAGUUAAAAAUAAAUAAUAAUAAUGUACAUAAAAUCGAGAUGAAAUGUGCAUAGAACCGAGGGUCUAUUUAGUUGAGGGUCGGUGGCGCUAUCUGUUCAUCUCAUAGCGGCCGUUUUAGAUAUUUUAGUGAUCCAUUCCAAAACAAUGUAAUAAUCUUUUAGAGUAGCAAGUAUCAAAAAGUAUGGCUUUCCGAUUUCAAAACGUCGUAUCCCAAAAACUAAAAAAAAAAACAUACAUAUCUGAUUCGUUUUUUUUUGAGAUUUACGUUACCUUUUCUGAAUUUUCAGGUAAAAAUAUAAAAACAGGUUAUCCCUUUGAUCCCGAGAACAUUAAAACAGGAAAAAAUGUGUUUUUACAUAUUUGUUGCACCCUAACACAAUUUGAUCCACUCAAUGAAUUUUUCCGAGAAGCUCAAAAUUAGUAUUUUUGAAACAAAAAAAAAAGAAAACGACGUCGGCCUGCUGAUUGAAAAGUUAUGAUAUGCAUUGGUAAACAUGUUGUCUGGAAAAACUUUGGCAAUAAAUUCAGUGGAAAUAUCUUCAUUCUUCCUCUAGCUGUGUAUGGAAACCGAUUUUGGAAUUAUUCUAAUUAAAAAAAAAUAAAAAAAAUACAUAAAAAUGUAGUAAUGCAUCAAUUUUUUUUAUUUAUUGGACAGAUAAUGCCACCGAAAAUCAGUUGAAUAGAAUCUUAAAAAUAACAGUGACAUUGAACCAAUAUGAUUCUGCCUAAGAAUAUUGUGUUAGAGUAAAAAUUGCAUUGAUGUUUUAAUUUUUUUUUUAUUUUGAAGAAAAUCCUGCAAAAUUCCUGAGCCCUGAACAAUUUCCAUUUUUUGAAGAUUAUUUUGGUUGCUGAACAUGAGAUCAGAAGGAAUUCAUGCAUUUCUGACCGAUUUUUUUAUUCGGCAGUGUUCCAAAAUUAUUUGAACAAUUUCUGAAGUCUUAUUUAAUGUAUUGUUUGAUAAAUCCUUGAAUGAAUUUUAAAUUGUCGUUUGAACGCCAUUUCGGCAGAAUGUUCCCUGGAAAUAGCAGCAGAAAUUCCAGAGAUUCUAAAAACAUUUGUUCUAAGGCCACUUCUGGAAAAAAUAUUGUCGAAUUUGAAAAGACAAAUCAUUUGCGAAAGUUUCUAGAUAUUGCAUCCAUAAAAAUCUUUGACGAAGUUUUAGGAUAUAUCCCUGAAAAGAAAAUUGUAGUGAAUAGUGUUAUUACUUUAUAUAUUUUAUAGUUUUUAUUUGUUUUGAUAGCUUUCUGACAUAUACUACCGUGACUUUACAACGUUUUGACGCUUUUUCGGUCAGAUUUUCCACUAUACCUUGUAAAUUCGACCGUAAACCCUCAAACAUUUUUACAUAUUUGGAUUCCUUGUAAAAUGUCCAAUAAAUUUAAUCUGUUGAACAGUAUUUUUCAUUGGAAAAGCAUGUUAAAAAUAGGAAUGAGUAGCGUGACGUUUCAACGUUGUAAUGUCACGCUACUAAUUCCCUUUUUUAACAUACUUUUCCAAUGACAACUAACUAUUCAACAGAUUAAAUUUAUUGGAAAUUUUACAAAGAAUCCGAAUAUGUUAAAAUAUUUGAGGGUUUUCGGUCGAAUUUACGAGUUAUAAGGAAAGAUCUGACCAAAAAGACGUCAAAGCGUUAUAAAGUCACGGUAGAUGUGUCUACUAUAUCAUUUGGCGGAUUGUCAAUUAUAAAGAUUCAACCGACAACAUGUCGGAAGCAGUUUCAAGAAAUAUUGCAUCAAUUUUGGAUGAGUAUCUUGCUGCAUAUCUGAUAUUUUUGGUGGAAAUCUAUUUGUCAUUGUUCAAAAUUAGAUCGUUUUAGAAGAACUAUAAAAAACAAAAUCUGAAAUAAAAAAUAUGUCAGAGUAUAUAGAGAACAUAAUAAAAAAAGAAAAAUAAAUUUAUAAUCUUUCGAAACAAUCACUACAGCAUCUUUUAAAAAAAUACAGACCUAAAAAUUUAAAAUUUUUCACGGUGAUUUCGAAAAGUUGCAACAUUUCCAAGUUGUACCUGAUAAAAUAUUGAAACAAAAAAUUUUCCCUCUUCACAUUCUUAAAGACCAUGCAUUUCAUCAUAAAUGCGUACCUGAACUUCGAUUUUGUUCAUGUGGCAAUUUCUCUGAAAGUUCCGUGGUAAUAUCUUCACAAAUUUCUUUGGAAAUUUCAAGGGUAGUUGGGAUUUUUUCCAAUCACUGCCAUUCGUCAUUUUUUUAUGAAUCUUUUGACAAUUCCUUUGAAAAUUCCCCCAGCCACAAUGUUUUUUUUUUUUUUGAGAAUUCGAUAACCAAUUUCUUGGAUUUUUUUUCCUGGCUAUUCAUUUGCACAUUUUAUCGAUUAUUACUUUGGAAACUUCUUUGGCAAUUUCUUCGGAAAUUCCUAAAAAAAAUCCAAAGAAAAUCUUGGCGAUGUUUGUUUGUCAUAUUCCUCGAUAAUUAUUUCAGAAAUUGCUGUACGUAUAGUUAUGAAAAAAAAAUCAUGGAAGUUUCUACGGUAGCUCCUUUCAAAUGCUUUUUAACUCGUUUUCUGGGAAUUGGUAUGAUCAAAUCCUUUGGAGUACUUGCGCAAAUCUUUUAGGAAUCCCAUUUUCCCUCAAAUGCAUUUGAGAACAUCUAAGGCAUUUACUUUGGAUUUGUGUUUUAAGUUUUUUCUGCAAUUUUUUUUAAUAGCAUUUUUUGUUCCUGCAAUAUUUUUGCAAAUUCAUUUUGCAAUUUCAAAUAAAAAUUUUCUGAAACUAUAAAUUCAUUGAUUGAGAAAUGUCCAAAGGAAUGGCCUAAAGAAUUCACAAGGAAAGCACCGAAACAAUCUCCAAGGAAUAUGCCGAAUGAAUUGUGGAAGAAAGUCGCAAAACAAUUGCCUGUGAAAUUUCCAAAUGAAUGACUCAAGGAAAAAAAAAUGCAGAAGGAAAUUUCAACGAAAUUUCCGAAGAAAUUCCCAUACAAAAUGCUUCCUAAAGGAUUUGUUGAUGGAUGAAUAUUAACCUUCGUCGUGCAUUAGGGUUAUUAUGGCCCAAAACGCGAUUUCAAGCAUUAAUAUCUCUUUUGUUAAUUAACUUAUCGUCAUGAAACUUUUUGCAGAAACGAGAAUUUAGAAAAAAAAAUCUUAAGGUGAAUCCAUAAUGGCACCACAUAAAAAGUAACGAAUAAUGCAUUGGGGUCAUUAUGACCCAGAAAUUCAAACUCUUAUAGAAUGAAGAUUUUUUUACAAAUUCAAAUGACCAAUGUCUUAUUUGAUAGAUAAUUUCGUCAAGAAUGUGUUGAUAUGUUGAAACAGUGGCCAUAGGGAAUCUGCUACACCAUGCCGGGCACCAUGUCGGGCAUGUAGGAUAGUAUUACAUUUUGCCAGUAGAUGUGGAAUAUCUCGCGUUCUGGACCACUUAGAACGAUACUGUCUUCGGCAAAGUUGCUCAGAAGACUAAAAGCUUUCACAUAGGAAGCAAUUUAGUUCGAGAAUCGCUCACUGCGUGGCGCUAGUGUUCUUGUUAGGCGUGACCGACGUUGGAGAGCUGCAGCUGCAAAUCGAGUAUUAUGGUGGCAAAUUGUUGAUUCAUGUGUGGUGUGUGAUGCACGUGCAGAGUAUCAUGCAUCAAUCUGCUAACGCACAGUGCGCAAUACCUUCUAAGUAACGCCUAACACCCAACUGUCAGUGCGAGGCCAACCAGCGAAAGUGGAGGUAGGUCGGCCACACUCUACGUAGGGGCGGAAACGAAAUCUUCAAGCAGGCGUUAGAUUGGAACCCAGCAGGACAUCCCAGCAGAGGCAGACCCAGAGGCACAUGGCGGCGCAGCCUCGACAAAGGAAAACAUUUGCACUACUUUCUAGCACUUUCGAUGCUUCAGAAAUUCCCGUGGCCCGUGACGUCAUAUUGGGAACUACUAUAUACAGGGGUAGCCAAAAUUUUUAGGAUUGGCAACUUUUUUUCCUCUCCCAAAAAAGUUCAACAUGCUAUAACUUUCCAUAGAGUGCAUCAAAAAAUCCCUGGAUAUUCCAGCAAGUUGAUCCAAAGGCGUAAAAUCCGAAAAACAUUGUCAUUUGGUCGUCACACUUGAGGUGGCCCGUGACCAUAUAUUGGAAACCACUGAUUUUUACAACAUAUCUAUUUAAGAGACACUGAUCCUUGAGAUGCUCAAUCCGAAAAACUUUUGCACCUCUUUUAAGCACCUUCAGUUCUUGACAAAUUCUUCUGGCCCGUGACCCCAGAUUGGGAACCACAGAUCUUUGCAAUACAACUACAUUGUGAUAAUAGUACUCCUUGAAGUGCAGAAUCCGGAAAACCUUUUUAUUUCAUCCUCACAUCUUCGGUUCUUGACAACUUCACUUUGCCCAUGACAGUAGGUUGGGAACCACUGAACUUGGCAAAACUGCUAAACUAUUGAUUGUCACUCAAUAACUUAUAAUCUUUUCACUGGUUAGAAACUUCGUUAUUUUCAUCUUCACAAGCUAAUUCGGAAACUGACAAAAAAACGCUCCCCGAAUACACGCACUAAUUCCCAAAUGAGCGCUCCCACCCAGCUUACGCUCCCCUCGUUUCGAGCGUAAAUUGGGGAUUUAGUGUAACACAAAGAAUCACAAAGAAUCUCAUACAGGAGCAAAGUUUCAUUUGAAUAGAAAAAGGUCGCGUCUACGCGAUUCGUGCGUUGAGCUGGAAAUACUCUAUCUAGUUUACCGUAGAAGAUUGCACAUCAUUAGAAGAGACUUUCUUACUGGAAGUGCAUAUGAAUUGUACAUGUUAUUUGAAAAAAAACAACAAAUAAAGAGUGGGGUUUUCAUGGUUUUGAGCGAAAAGGAACACGUUGUAUUGGAAUCAUCACUUCCAAGGGUUUCCUCAGCUCUUUAUAAUAAUAAUAAUAAUAAACAUUUUAAACGCCUUAUCAGAAGUAUUCAGCUGACCAUCGACACCCCGUUUCAAAGUAGUUUUGUUUUUUUUUGCCGGCUUCUGUACAUUGCUACUGCAUCGUCAUAUGUUUUCAAACUCUACUCGAGAUAAGAUUAUUAACCAGGAUUUUUCCAUACAAACAGUGGGUUCAGUUAAAAAAAAAAAGCUUACAUUGACUUGAUACUAGUGAAGCAUUGAAAUUAAAUUUCGAUUUAGAAUGAAAGUUUUUAUUUUUAUUUUUUUGCAAUUUUCUCUUACUAUUUACAAAUAUAGUUUUUUAUGAAAGGAGUGACAAAAAGAUGAUUUUUUCAGCUCGAGUUGUACAUUUCUUCAUCGUGGCUUCUCGAGCUGGAUAAAUAUGAAGAGUGCUAAAAAACAAGACACAUAAAUAAAUUAUGCAAUGAUUGUUCAUUAUACAACUCAUUUGGAUUGCAAAAUGUUCAUAAUGCAACUCAAAAGGAAUUUCAAAUUGAAUAUAAUGCAACUAUUUAUCAUUAUAAUUGCAUUUAAGCUGCAUUAUGAUCCAGUGAACUGAAAUAAGUCAUUAAAAAUUAAAUUAUGAUACUGAAUUACUAGAUUUUUUUUUCUUAAAUCAUAUAAAUUAUUGAAAAAUCAUUGAGAAGAAAAUAAUCAUAGUAUAAUAUUAUUCCAACAUACCAGGCGGAAGUUCAGCUUUGAAGGUUUUUUAAAAUCAAUUUAUGCCACAGAGGUUUUUUUCAUGACCUAAAUUACUAAAAAAAUAAAAUUGGCCAAGUGCAGUGUUCAUCAAUUAUUCAAACAAUGUAACAUUACAUUUGCUUAGGUUUGACAUUUUUUUUUCGAAUUGAUCCCAUAGUGGGGUCACAACUGUUAUCGCAUUGAAUCGCACAGAUGAAUUUGCAUUAGCCGCAUUAGCAUUAGCCUCAAAGAAACGUGCUUAGGGUGGAACACUCUUGCAAAGGAAAGUGAAAUCUAAAAAAUGAGUUUGAACUUUAUUUUUAUUUUUAAUUAAAUGAACUAUUCUUGCAGAUGCAGCUGGAUGAUGAACACACUCAACGCGAUGCAAGACGGGGUGUUUGAAGCGUGACAAGUUUGUUUUCCCAUAGUAGUAGAUUCUAUACCAAAGACUGUAUUUAUAGCUAUGGAACAGAUAAACAUACAAAACAUCUA